AUGAGAAAAAGGAGAAGUGGCAAUAAAACAGGUCAUUUAUCAGUCACCAGAGAGGGAACAGAGACAGAGAGCAGCGUCAGAAACUGAGAGUUUAAAGAGACUAAAUACAGUACCAAAACUGUCAUGAGCACUGUAAUGCUAACAGGCUAGAUGAAAUUAUUUUCAGUUAAAUACGUUUUUUGAAUACAGUGGUUAAAUAGGGAGUAGUAGUGUUAUAAAGGUGCUGUUUAUGCUGACCACAUACCGGGUUGAUCAUGGAACGAGUUUUGACUUUAGUAUUGCUGUGUGCGCUUUCUGCAUGGGCAGAAAUCCCUGAUGUUAAGAAUGUUACACUCAUUAAUCGAACAGAGACUACAUUAACAUUUCAAUGGGAAGUUCAAGACAGCAAUUACACGUUUGUGCUUUCAGUAAAUGGCAUUAAUACAACAAUCCCACACGCAGAUGAAAAUGUAAUGUAUACAGUCUCAAAACUGUCUCCUGGAAAUAAAUAUUUUUUCAAACUCUACACUGAGUAUAAUGGGAGUACGAGCAAAGGAUAUGAGUUCUCUGAUGUUACUGUCCCAUCUAAUGUUGACACUGUUUUGGUCAUCGAUCGGAGCGAAACUGAAAUAACAUUACAAUGGAAAAAUGUCAACAACCGUAAUGAUUACAGAUAUGAGCUGAGAUACCUGAAUGAAGAAAUCUCUGCAAUAACUCCAUCACCAGAUAAUUCUAUUGUGGAACAAAACGUCAAGAAUCUGUCACCUGGGACUGAAUACUCCUUUAUGCUCUACACUGUGUUUGAAAACGUGAUGAGUAGUGGAUACAACUUCUCCAAUGUAACCAUCCCAUCUAAUGUUGACAGUGUUUUGGUCAUCGAUCGGAGCGAAACUGAAAUAACAUUACAAUGGAAAAAAGUCAACAACCGUAAUGAUUACACCUAUGAGCUGAGAAACAGGAAUGGAGAAAUCUCUUCAAUAACUCAAUCACAAGAUAAUUCUACUGUGGAACAAAACGUCAAGAAUCUGUCACCUGGGACUGAAUACUCCUUUAUGCUCCACACUGUGUUUGAAAACGUGAUGAGCAGUGGAUACAACUUCUCCAAUGUAACCAUGCCAUCCAAUGUUAGAAAUGUGAUUGUGCUGCAUAAAAAUGACACCGACCUGACCUUCCAAUGGGAUGUUGUAUCAAACAUAGACAACAACACUUACAUCUAUAUUCUUGAAUACGGAAAUGGACUGGUGAAUUACAUUAAUCACACUGCAGAAGAAAAUAAAGUAACACAUCAUAUAUCAAGUUUGAUUCCUGGAACAAAUUACAGCUUCACUCUGUACACAGAGUUUGCUGAUCUGAGAAGUACUGGAUAUACCUUCUUCCAAAAGAUGACUCUAUCUGACAUAACUGAAGUUACAGUCACUCGGUCACAGACGGAGUUGCAAAUCUCAUGGAAUAAGUUAAACAAAAAUGGCAUCUACAACUACACCUUAAAAAGGCAGGAAGAGGAGACUGGGAUACAUUUCUCAGGAUCCACUGAGCAUGAUGUGAUUACACAUACCUACUCAUCUCUCACACCAGGGGCUGUACACAGUUUUACUCUUUUCACUGUGGUGAACAAUGCCAUAAGUAAAGGAUACAGCUUUAAUACUAUCACUACUCUUAACUGUGCGUCCUUUAACUGGACAGUCACCAACUCAACAAUAGAAGCUAAAGUGAAUGGUUGCACACAUGUGACAGCUAAAAGCAGCACCGGAAGCAUUAAAAAUGGCCUUGUACAGGGCAACAAGGUGAAUCUGCAAGACAUGGAUCCUGGAGAGAUCUACACUGUUUCACUGUUUUAUGAACUGGAGUCAGACAGGCUGCCACAGUGCUCACACCAACUGAGAUUAUUUCCAAACAGUGUAUCUAAUCUCAGAUGUGAAUAUUAUUCUGGAGGGUAUGGUCUGGUUGUAAUUUGGGAUCGUCUACAUGGAGUUGUGGAUGUGGUGCAAGUGGGCGUUAAUAAAAAAAAUUUCAACCAAUCACAAAAUUUAGAACCAGAACAGAAGGUAACAGGCCUGCAACCAGCCCAAUGGUACAAAGUGACUGCUACGUCAUUCUCUGGAGCCAUGAAGAGUCAAACAGUAUCAGUCAACUGCCAAACAAAUCCAGCAGGUGUUAUAGCAGGUGUUCUUGUGUUUUUCCUGUUGGUCAUCAUUAUUUGUGUUGCAGUCUUUGUAUGGAUCCGCUACAAAAAAAGAGCACAACCUACAAAAAUGCCCACACCACUUCAAGAGGUGGAGUCAAAAGUGCCUACUAAUAAAUACAAAUCCCUUUCCUUGGAUACAUUUCCUGAACAUUUUCAAAAAAUGAGUCGUGAUCAGAACAGAGGUUUCAGUGAGGAAUAUGAGGACUUAAGUUCAGUGGGUAUAGAACAGUCUACUGCUGCAGCUCGUCUGCCUGAAAAUAAGGACAAAAACCGAUUUUCCAACGUUUUAGCCUAUGACACCUCUAGAGUGCAUCUCAUCACAAAAAAUGAGAGUGAUUCUGAUUAUAUCAACGCUAACUACAUGCCUGGCUAUGGCAAUGCAAAAAGACAGUAUAUUGCUUCUCAAGGUCCACUGCCAUCCACUGUCAGUGACUUCUGGAGAAUGGUUUGGGAGCAAAAGUCACAGGGGAUUGUCAUGGUAACAAACUGCACUGAAAGUGGAAGGGUCAAGUGUGAGCAAUACUGGCCACUGGACUACACGCCAUGUCUCUACGGAAACUUGCUUGUCACAGUGAAAUCGGAGGAUAAAUAUCCUAGUUGGACACUGCGAGAAUUUAAUGUCAAAAAUAAAACCACCUCUGAGACAAGAACAGUGAAGCACUUCCACUUCACAGCAUGGCCAGAUCACGGCGUUCCCACUGGCACAGAGGAGCUGAUCCAAUUCAGAGGACUCGUCCGUCAGCACAUAGAAAAAGCUUUCUCUGCAGGGCCGACAGUUGUACACUGCAGUGCUGGAGUGGGCCGGACAGGUACCCUGAUUGCGCUGGAUGUUCUGCUGCAGCAGCUGGACAAAAAGAAGGAAGUAGGCAUUGCAGCGUUCGUCCAGCAAAUGAGACUCAAUCGACCACUAAUGGUGCAAACUGAGUCUCAGUACGUGUUCCUGCACCAGUGCAUCAUGGAUACUCUGCAACCCAAAGUUAUGCCUGACUCAGAGCCUCUCUAUGAAAACUCAGAAAUGAUCUAUGUCAAUGCAAUGGCAAUAAGAGAAUUUGAAAAAGGAAAAUAAAUGUGAGCAGAAAUAUAAGCCAUAUGGUCCUUAAAUACACACCCUUCUAUAAAUAAACACUGAAAGCCUGGAUUAUAUGGGUAUUAUAUAUGAAAAUGCUGUUGUUGCCAUUAUCAUUAUAAACACACUCUUCUGCUAACAAGACUGAAAGAUACUGGCCAUGGCAUUUUAAGCCUAAGCUAUAAAGCACUAAAAGUUUACCAUUUAAGCUUAACUGUCAGUCUUUAUUUAACAAAGGAGCUGUGUGUAUUGGGUUGUUUUUUUUGUGUUAAUUUUUUUAGCUCGAUAACCUAGUCUCUGAAAGGAAAUUUUCCUUUGAGCCAUAGUUAGUGCUGCUUAUUUUGCACAUUGCUUUUAAACAAGAAAUUUUUGUAAAAAUUGAAAUAUGUGAUCUAUUUAAUAUCAAGUGAAUUUGAUUUGAAAGUAAUACCGAAGGAAAGUAUUUUUCUAUUUUUUUUCUGUUUUGCCAGUGUCAUGUAUUCUCAGCUGCCUGAUGCAUAAGAUGCUUUAAAAGGGAUAGUUUAUCUAAAGAUGAUAAUUGUGUGAUAAUUGUGUAAUUAUUUAUGUUAAGACUGGGUACCCUGAUGGAAAUAAUUUCAAAUCUGUACGCGAAAUAGAGAAUGAGAUUUAAGGGGUGCAGAGAAAGGAAAAAUUAAUUUGUUUUGGUGCUUCACAGACGUGGUUGCUGUGAACUGUUGUUAUAUGGAAAGAGCUGUGUAAAGUCUUUUUAAACAUUUUGUAUUACUUAAACCACCAAUCAGAAUAUAGUGAAAUUUCAGUCACUAAUAUAGUCAAAUUUAACUUUCAUGUUUGCCUUCAC